AACAAACACACCCGACAUAAUCAUCUGCCCAUACACACUCACACACACCCUUCUACCGCUGUGCCUCCAGCCAGCGUGGCUCGCUGCCCCGAUCGACAUCCUUAGCAGGCGCUAUAAAAGCCGGGCCCCGAUUGCGCCAUGUAUUAUUUGAGCCGCCGCGUGCUAAUCAUGCUGACGUGCAGUGUGCUGAUCACGACGAUCGUCUUCUUUACCGCAUACGGCGUGUACGGUGCUCCCUCGUCUGCGGAGGACCUUUCGCAUGAGGACGGCGAUGCGGAGCUGCUGGACCAUCUGGGGCGUCGGCCCGGCCUGGAGCUGAAGCAGGUGCAUGUGUUUUUCCGCCACGGACAGCGUACCCCGGCCGACACCUAUCCGAAAGAUCCGUACGUGAACUUUACCUUCGAACCGUACGACUGGGGACAGCUGACGAAUAAAGGCAAAUACUCAGUCUACGAACAGAUCGGUCUUUGGCUUCGCGAGCGCUAUGGCCGCUUUGUCGGUGCGACCUACCGUGCCAAGAACGUGCACGUCCAAACGACCGGUGUCUCGCGCACCCAGAUGUCGAUGCAGCUCGUGCUGGCUGGGUUGUUCCCGCCGCAAGGUACGGCACUCCAGUGGAACCGACGGCUCGAUUGGCAACCGAUACCGUACUUCAGUGAGCCGCUGAGUCAGGAUACGCUUCUGCUAGUUCGCGUGUCCUGCCCGAGGUACACCGAAACCGUGCAGGAAUCGUUCCAGAUGCCGGAAAUUAAAGCUCUUAUGAACGCUAACAAACAGCUGUAUGAGAAUCUCACGCGCAUCACGGGCCUCACGAUAGCGACUCCGGACGACGUACAGUCGCUCUUCAGUACGCUAAAAGCGGAGUCCGAGUUUGGUCUGAAGCUACCCGCCUGGACGAAGGAAUACUACCCGCACAAGCUGCUGCCGCUGACGAAGAAAAGCUACGCCCUGAACGUCUACACCGACGAGAUGAAACGGCUCAAGGGUGGUCCGUUCCUGCGGAAAACGCUCAACGAAUGGGAAGCACUCAUCGCCAACCCGACCGGUUCGCACAAAAAGAUUCUCCUGUACGCCGGUCACGAUUCGACGGUGGUUAACAUUCUGUCCGCGCUGAAGGUUUGGGACGAGACGGUGCUGCCCGAUUACGGUGUGAUGGGUGUGCUGGAGCUGUACCGUGAUGUCAGCACCGGACAGUACAGUGUUACCGUGGGCCAGAAGCAGCUCGGACAGCCGCUGCAACGACUCGCGAUCCCUGGCUGCACGGAGGUGUGUCCGAUUGAGAAACUAAAGACGGUGCUGAAGACGACCAUCCCGACCGACUGGAAGAAGGACUGUGUGGCGAAAGAUCCCACCGUCGUUGAACCGCCACCGUCCGGCCCUUAGAGUGUAAGGUUUUAGUAUACCCCAUCCCCUUUCCAACAUAGCCGUAUAAGGUGUGAUUAAACUAGAAAUUUCGUUCAAACAGUGCGCGCUGAGUGAUAAAGUCGUAACGAAUCGUAACAGAA